AUGAGACGAUGCACGGUGCUCCGCCCAACCUCCUUGACGAGAGAGGCGCUGCUAAGGAAAGUCGAAGCUGGCCUUGGACACGACGCGGACGGCGAGUCAUUAACGGUUGAUCCCAAGGCCAAGAUCAUCUCCACGGCGGCUGGAGAUCUUCCCAUCUCGCCGAUAUUUGAUCCAGCAUGGAUGCAAGCCAGGAGAAGGACUGAAAAGGCUGCUCCUGGUCCGCCGCUUGGCAGGUUUCGACGGAAACUGGCAAACAAUCCAUUUGCACAAGCUCUCGCUACACCAAUACGAAGAUGCCCAAGCAGCAACACGAGCUUACCACGCUACUUCCUACAAGACUUUGAGCUUAUAAAGCACCCGACGACUGGCAUGCCCUGGUGGGCUCCCGGCCCGUUAUCUUUCGAGCAUGUUCAGCCCACAAAGAGAUUAGACGAAGCACAAGCCAGCAUCAGCAACGGACACGAUGGAGAGGCCUCGGCGGCGGAGCCCAUGUCGAUUCCUGCUGCAGGUCGAAACGAUAACGCACAAGCCCCGGAGGAGCAUGGCCGCCGACUGCGGAGAGCACCCAUAACGAGUUACAUGCUGAAUCGCAAGCUGCUGGUUGACAUGGUUGGUGGGCUAAACAAGAAAUACCUCGCAAUGCUACUGGCGGCCCGAAGCGGCAUGGCUAUCGCCCCGGACAGUAAGACUGCUGUCUGGAGGGAAGAUAUGGGCGAUGUGCUCCUGCAGAUGAUGCGUCAACAGGCAACGGAUGCGCUAGCUACUCGAGGCAAUCGGUUACACGAACCCAAACACAAAUUCAUCGAACCCUGUGCGAAUUGGAAGGAUGUCAAAGGCGUCAGAUUGCGGGGCUGUGUUCUCUGGCUGCCUGCGAAGAAAGAUGCGGCAGAUCAGUAUGCAACACUGGAUAUCGGGGAAGCUCAAUACGGAAGGAAGAUGGUUGUGCAUAAUCUACAUUGGCUACUCGGCGAGGGGGAGGUGCAGCGGCUGAGAGACUCGGCUCAACUGUUUCGAGAUGGAGAAAUCUUCGUGCUGAAGCAAUGGCCGAGUAUGAGCGUGAUGAAGCUGCAUCUCUUACUGUGGAGGCUACAGGGCUAUCUGGCGGCACCGGAUGCAGGCAGCUCUCCACGACGGCAGUGA